GACAGUCUUGCUCUAGCCACCAUGUCUGGAAUCUGUCGUAUGCGACUCGCCGAAGAGCGCAAGCAAUGGCGCAAGGAUCACCCAUUUGGAUUCUAUGCUAAGCCAACAAAAGCCGAUGAUGGAUCUAUGAACCUGAUGGAAUGGGAGGUUGGCAUUCCUGGCAAGGCAAAUACUCCUUGGGAAGGGGGCUUGUUCAAACUCACAAUGACUUUCCCUGAGGACUAUCCCUCGAAGCCGCCGAAAUGCAAAUUCGUGCCACCCCUCUUCCACCCCAACGUGUACCCUUCGGGUACCGUCUGUCUUUCGAUUCUCGAUGAGGAGAAGUCGUGGAAGCCAGCCAUCACUAUCAAACAGAUUUUGCUCGGUAUCCAGGACCUCCUUGAUGACCCUAACGUCAACGACCCCGCCCAAAGCGAUGCUUACACGAUGUUCAAGAAUGACCGAGUGGCAUACGAGAAGAGGAUCCGGAUGCAAGCAAGGGAGAACUUGCCCAAGUAAAACACUAUCUCGGUCUUCUUGUUCUCCUAUUGCCAUUCCACUCAAUACCCUUUCCUUUGGGGAUUCUCGUGCUCAACAUCUGCUCUAUGUUUCCAUCUGCGUCGCUCCUACUUGUAGCCAUCUGAUUGAUCGAAAGUGUAUCCAUUAUAAUCUGAUUUUGUAUUUGAUUCACACCGACCAACAUACUUAGUGUGCAUUUCCUC